AUGGCUACUAGCAAAAAUCAAUCAACUAAAACAUCAAGUUCAACAAAACCUGUCGACCAAUCGAUGAAUCCUAAUCUUGAGUCGUUUGCAUGUUUGUGGCUUGAUCAAAAUGUUAAUUCAACACAAGAUAAUCUGGCGACUCAGGAAGAACUUCGUCAAGUGAUCAAUCAUCUUCGAACAUAUGAUAAAAGUGAUGAAUGUGAAAAAUACAUUCGACAAAUUACAAAAGAAAAAGUUGUACUUAUCGUAUCAGGUUCAUUAGGUCAAGAUAUAGUACAUCGACUUCAUGAUCUUCCACAAUUUUCUGCAUGUUAUGUCUUUUGUCAAGAUCAAAAAAGAAACGAACAAUGGGCUAAUAAAUAUCAUAAGGUCAAUGGCGUUUUUGUUGACCGCACCAAACUUGUUACUAGAAUAUCCAAAGAUCAAAUGAGUCGAAAUAAAGUAGAAGAUAGUGCUUCAAUAUCGGUAAUUACUUCUGGUUCUCAAUCUCUUCAAGCUCGUAAUGCUAUCUUUAUGUGGUUCCAAUUAUUUAUUGAAGUUCUUCUUCGUAUGCAUCAUAAAUCGAAUGAUCGCAAGGAACUUUUAGACAUUUGUAAGAAGAGUUAUAAGGAUAAUCAUCAAGAGAUGAAAACUAUCCAUGAAUUUGAAAAAACUUAUAAAGCAGACAAUGCAAUUUGGUGGUAUACACGUGAAUCAUGUUUUUAUCGUAUGAUGAAUAAAGCAUUACGUGUACAAGAUUUUGAUAUGUUAUUUGCUUUUCGAUUCUUCAUUACCGAUAUUUCCAAACAGAUCAAGAGUAAGCAUGAAAAAUUUAUUCGUACUUGUGACAAUCGAAAUAUUAUUCGUGUUUAUCGUGGUCAAAUAAUUGGAAAUGAUGAACUUGAAUUAAUGAAGAAUAGCAUUGGUGAAUUUCUUUCAAUGAAUUCUUUUCUAUCGACAACUCAUGAUCGAUCAACUGCUCUUGAUUUUGCUCGAGCUACUCCUAAACGAGAUAAUCUGCAACAAAUUAUAUUCGAAAUUGAAAUUGAUCCGCGUUUAGAAACGAAAGCUUUUGCUGACAUUACUCAAAUCAGUUAUUUUCAAAAAGAAGAUGAAAUAUUGAUUAUGCUCGGUGCUUUGUUUCGAAUUGAACAAGUAAAUGAAGAUAAAAAGGAACGAAUAUGGGUAGCUCGUGUUUCACUAGCAAGCGAAGAUGAUUAUCAUUUGAAAGAAACAUUUUCUUACAUGAAAAAUACAAUUGGUGAUGAUACGGAUUUGGAUUCUCUAGGGAAAAUUCUAUUAAAGAUGGGUGAAUACGAACAAGCACGAAAAUGCUAUAGAAGAAUGUUAGAUGAGACUCAACUUAUUAGUGGAAACGCAGCUUUAGGUUUGGGUAAAGCCUAUUGUCGGUGCAAUGAAGCUGAUGAAAGUCUUAAACAUCUCAAAGAAGCAUUAUAUAUAAGACAAAGUCUUUUAGGAGAAGAUCAUGCAGACGUUGGAGAAUGUUAUAAUUGGAUCGGCGAUAUACACUGCGAAAUGAGUUCGUUCUUUUUUCUUAUGUCAAAGAAUAUAAUGAGAAACAUGGAUGGUCAAACGGAUGAAACAUUCAUAUUAAGUGAUGAUGAUGAGUGGUGUUGGUUUGAAUCUCUAGGUGCUCUUCAAUAUGAUUCUUCCCUUUUGAAAGGAUCAGUUGCAUUGGAUGGUCAUGAUGAAAAACGUCAUGGCAAUAUUGAACUUCAUACUCGUGAUUGUUCGACUUAG